AUGAAUAAUUCCACAGAAGUUCAGUUUAACCCCCCAUUGCAAGGAUGCUCCGCCAUGGUGUCCAUAAUGUUUACAUCAACUCUAUCUGUUAUAAGCAUAGUAGCGCUUAUCGGCAAUAUUUUGGUUGUAGCAACUGUUGUGAAGACCCCCAGCUUGCGGACCAGCACAAACUACUACAUCGUGAACAUGGCUGUCUCCGACCUUCUCGGACCGUUGUUCUAUUGGCUGCUUUACGUCAGCGAAGGAAUGUUGACGCCAACUGUCUUUAUAAGUGGCACUCUGGCUUCAACUGUCUGCAAACUAGGAAUGUACCUCAGAGCGGUCUCACAGAUCGUCUCUAUUCUAAGCCUUGUGUUUAUCGCCUUGGACAGAUUUGUAGCCAUUGUUUUUCCUUUAAAAGCUAUGACGAUAAUGAAUGUAAAAAUACGGGUGAUUUUUCUGUUACUAUCUUGGUUGAUACCUUUCUUUUUUGUUUUGCCUUACGCUCUUUUUGCAAACAUUAUCAAAGAAGGUAACCAAACAUUUUGCAGAUUUAUGAUGAGCGACGAGGCUUUGACAAUUUUCAAUGGCGUCGGAAUAGUUCUGUCAUACGCAUGUCCCCUUAUCGCGAUAAUAGCAUUGUACUCUGUUAUUAUUAGAUCCUUAAAAAAGACUCCCAACUUACUGAGAGGAAAAGAAGACGCAAAACGACGCCAGCAGAACCUGAGAAUUGUGAAGAUCCUGAUAUCAAUCGUGUUUGCAUUUUUUAUCUGCUGGACUCCAUUAACUGUAUAUUCUUUGCUGAAAACGUUGUACCCAUCUCUUUUCACAGAGGACAAAUGUUUUUAUAUCCUAGGUUUUACUUUUUAUGUCUUCCCUUCUUUAAGUACUGCUGUUAAUCCCAUCAUUCUUUUCGUGCUUAGUACAAAUUAUAAUCGAGCUUUGAAGGUUCUUUGCUCAUUCGAUUUUUCUGUUUGUAAACGUGAAAGUGAAGAGAAACAACUUGGGCAGCCUGAAUCAUUGGCAACAGAAAAUGUAAAAGUAGAACUGACAGAAAUUAAACCGCACUGUCCGUGA